ACAAUUAACACAUCAAUGCACUCUGCUUUAGUAAAUUUCGACGCCAGGUUUGGCACAGCCUGCGAUUCCCAGUCACUGCGAAAGGGCCAGGCAGGAAGAGACGGAGGGAGGGACAGCCUCUGUGCACUUCUUCGGAGUGACUGGGCAGCGCAAGCCAGCAUUUCGGCAUUCGCUCUCACUCGCUGCUUCUCGUUGCUCUCCGUCGGGGUCCCUUCCUUCCCUCCUUGUUCUCCACAACCAUUCAAGCAGCAUUCGAAACGCGAGGCCAUAUCGUCACUGCAAAUGGGGUUGGUGUCGUUUUCCAAGGUCAUCAUGCCUGCCCUCGCGGGCACCUGUGUUGUGUCCUACGCGUUCUGGGACUUGAGCAGGAAUCGCAAGCUGUUUGGAGGUACGGUGCCGAUCACAGCCCAAAACAGCGAGUGGGAGAAGGAAACAGGGAAGAAGUUGGAUGCAUGGCCACGUGAGGCAGCAGGACCGGUGGUGAUGAACCCAAUCUCAAGGCAGAACUACCACAAGGCUUGAGCGGAGUAGGAUGGGAUGGCAGGCGCAGGAGUUGGAUGCAGGGCCAUGCGUAGAAUCGUAGAGAAGGGAAAGGGAAUAAAGACAUGAGGUGUUAGUAUGCAGGUGCUGGUACACGCUUCGACUUAGGGACGCCAUGAAUGACAUGGUUAUGUAUGGGAGGCGUGAAUGCAAUGCAAUGAGAAUAUGACCCGGAUUUCGGGACGGAUGCAGAAUGACAAA